GAGCCGUUCGAGAACCGUGGAGUCGGCCAACGUAGUCUGGCAUUGCAAUAGUGCCGUCGGAGCAACCGUAGUCGACUAAUGGUGUUGUGCGAUAUGGCAUUAGCAUCGUACAGUACUUCGGUAAUAGCGUCAGAGGUCAGCAUUUAUUCGGCGUCGUCGUAGGCUAGUGGCGGCAGAGCGCUAGUUUGCGUGUGGUGGUGGCGAUGGCAAAGUGGAAGCCAGUAGAUUAGCAGAUUAGCAUUUGAGUUGUGCUUGGUAUGUGCGGAAGCUGAAACCGAAGCCUCGUGGGUCACCAGGCUCUUUAAUCUGCACACAAGCGUCACUUUCACACACUCACGCGACUCGGGUGCAUUGUGGGACGUGCAGACGCCAUUGGACCCCGUGAUACCAUACGACCGGCAUCGCUACGCGUGCGUGUCAGGCGGAAUGCUCGGAAUGAAGGUUUCCGCAGUUGCCGUGGUAGCGCUUCUGCUGAUCGGUCCGUCGGAGGUCUUUGGUCUGCUUACCGCCCGGGACCGGGAUCGCUCGUUCAGAACGCAGACCGUGACGCAGGACUCCGCCGCCCCGCCGGACCUGCCCGUGAUCUGGACCGAGCUGCUGGGGUUGAGGCAACUGGUGCUCAGUCUACAGGCGGCGGUGGUGGACCAGCGGCAGACCCUCAGGACCUCCGAGAGCCGCCUGCGCGACGGACAGGAGGCGGAGGUGAAGCGGGGACAACAGCUGGACGCCAUGCAGAUUCAGAUGGAUGCGGACAGGACGCUGGUCCUCGGUCUACAGGCGGCUGCGGCGGAUCAGCGGAACGACCUCCGGGCGACAGAGAACCGCCUACGGGAGAGCGAGGAGGCGACAGAAAAGCAGAGACAGGUUCUGGACACACUCCAAGUCCAGGUGGAGGCAGUCAAGAAUAUGGUGAGCGAAAUCAACGCUGACCUUAAGAGGAGGGAGGAGCGCAGGCAAGGGGAAGUGUCCAGGCUCCAGUCCAGACUGGAUGCCAGCGAAAGUUCUGUGGAGAACGUCAAGAGGAAGACGUCAGUCCUGGCCGGCGAGCUCCCCUUCCUGAGGACGAGGCUGAGGGCCAGCGAGAGCGCCUUGGAGCAGCUCAAACAGAAGAGCUCAGGUUACGUUCCGAAUGUCCCAGAUCGAGAUCGUUCAAAUCACGUGACAUCCAUCGUUGGUGUGCGCGCAGUUCUAGCGUCUCGACUUUGCCUGGUGGAAAAUCUGAGGAAGAGGAGCUCAGUGGAGGACGCUGAAGUGCAAGGCCAUCACAACUCCACGACGGCCUUGUUUGCAGACGGAGAUGGUCAACGGCGGGAGGCGGAGUCCCGCCUGGACGCAGAUUCAUCGCGUAUACACCAAAACAUGAGCGCCCUCCAUACUCGACUACUGCACCUGGAGGGCAAAGUGAUGUCAAGUGAACAACACCUACAGGACAUCAAAGCUGCUGUGGUGAACGCGCCAAAUGACACACAGACGCAAAGUGAAAAGUUGAAGGCGCGACUGAGUGUGGUGGAAAACCUUGUGGAGGAUCUGUGGACCGACAAGUCAGCGUCGGAGCUCCGAAUCAACGUCAGCGAGAGACUUCUGGAAGAACUCAAGACGGAAUGCGCAGCUCAGAAAAGCCAACUUUCCAAGAUGGAGUCGCAAGCGACGCACAACCAUGCAGAGUUGGCGGUCCGGCUGAACGUCAGCGAGAAGCUCGUGGACGAACUCAAGACUGAAUGGGCAGGCGAGUGUGUGUGUACGAGAGCGCGACGAUUUUCACGCGUCCUCGUCACUUUUGUUGUCGUGACCUUCUUCAGCUUGGGCGACGCGACUCGACGAGGCCGAGUCACGACUGGCCGGCAGCAUCCGCGACGCCGCAGCUUUGGAGCUCCGGCAGAACGUCAGCGAAAAACUUCUGCUUGCCCUCAAGACCGAAUGUACUCAAGAGUUGCUGCCAAAGUUAAACGCCAGCGAGCAGAAGAUGAGCGACUUGAAGGCGACGACCAAAGAGUUGACGUUGCGCUUGCAUGUUUUGGAGCAGCGUAGCGCUCAGACAUCAGGUGAGACCAAGGUGGCCUUCGCCGCCGCGCUCACAGACUCGGGAUCCGUAGGACCCUUCGACCGGGAGACCACUCUGAUCUUCUCCAAGGUUUUCACCAACGUCGGCCGAGCUUAUGACGAGAACUCGG